ACGGGGGAGGCUGGCGCCGGGCUGCAGCAGGGGCCGGCGUGGGCAGGGGCGCGCAUUGCGGGGCACAGACCCCCCCCCCCAGCAGGGUGGGGGGCUCGGCUGCAUGCCGGGGAGGGAAGGGAGCAGCGGAGAGGAGGUCAGACUAGAUGAUCAUGAUGGUCCCUUCUGGCCGUAAAGUCUAUGAGUCUCUGAGAUCUGCAGGGCACCGUCUUGCCUGGCACGGUGCCCCCUUCCUCUAGCACCACCGUGGGGCCCGCCUCGCCGUGCAGGGUAUCCACGCCCUCCGGGGACCCCCCAGCCACCCCUCCCCACUGGGCGCCAGGCAUGCCCGGGGACGCCGAGGAGAUCACCCGUCUGCGCAAGCCCCGCUUCUCCUACGAGGAGAACCAGAUCCUUAUCCAGGAGGUGCGCGCCCACUACACCAAGCUGUACGGUGCCCAGAGCCGGCAGGUGACGGUGGCCGAGCGCCGGCGCGUCUGGGAGGGCAUCGCCGCCAAGAUCAACGCCAUCACCAGCUGGAAGCGGACGGGCCAGGAGGUGCAGAAGCGCUGGAAUGACUUCAAGCGGCGCACCAAGGAGAAGCUGGCGCGGGUGCCCCACUCCACCCAGGGCGCUGGGGGAACGGCUGCCAGCGAGGAGACCUUCUCGGCGGAGGAGGAAACCAUCUUCGCCAUCCUGGGGCCCGGCGUGGUGAUGGGGCCCGGUGGGGCCGAGCAGCACCCCACAGCCUUCGCCCACAGAUACCACCACGGUUCUGAGACGCUGGCCGGGGGCAAGGUCUCCUCCAGCCCCGAGCCCUCGGUCCAGCCCCCGUGCUGCACCCUGGACGGGGUCCUGCUGCGGCCCAAGGAGCGCGACUCACCGGCGCCCCCCUCGGCCGAGCCCUCUCUGCAAAUCGUGCGGUUGGCACCCUCGCCGGCCAGGCUGGGCCGCCGGCCCCACCCGGGACACUCGCCCACAGAGCAGCCAUGCAGGGAGCGGCUCCCGGGCUCCCCGCCACCCCGCCGCCGGCGCCCGCGCCCUGAGCCACCCCCGGAGCCCUCGCUGGAUCUCCUGGCUGCCCAACGGGAGACGGCCGAGGCCAUCCGCGACCUGACCUACACCGUGCACCACAGUCUGGACCGUCUCACCAACGUGGUAGCCGCCCUCCUGCCCCUCCUCCCGGCCCAGGGACCCGGCCUGGGUGCCCCCCGGGGGGGCCUCUUCCACCAGCAGGCACCCGUCAGCUCCCCACUGCCAGCACCCCCCGCCAAGAGCCCACUCCCCGCCGAGACCUUCGCCGCCAAGGUGGAAACGUCCCCUGAGCCGGCGGAGAAUGCGGGACAAUCCCAAGGGGUCCUCCCCGCCGAGGCCCACCCUUGCUGCAGCUCCCCGCCACUGAAGCGAAGGAAGGGGAUCCCCACUCGGAAGCGUAGGGGGCGCUGGAAGAAUCUGUGA